CUCGCCACUUCCGGCGCGCAGGGCUGUUGGCUGGGGGUGGCCGCGCGGGGCUAGCGGCGGCCGCGGGCGGCGCGCAGGGAUGCGGAUCGGGGCCGUGGCGAGGGCAGAGGUGGCGAGGACUGCGCGGGCCCGUGGGCCUCCCUCCUGAGCCGGCCGCGCCGCCCAGGCCCGGGCAGCCUCCGCCCCUUCAGCCCCGUCCGGGCCCGUCGCCGCCUCGGGCCGGGGAGGCCGGGGAAUCCCUGCCUGGGCCCGCAGCCUCCUUUCUGGGGGUCGGGCCCAGGCGGGGGGCCCCGCACAGCUGCCUCCUUACCCCAUUUCCUGCUUUUGCGUUUGCCUGGGGUGGGCCGAGGUCUGGAUGAAUAGCUUCGGGGGUCCUCGAUGAGGCCGCUGUGCUCCUUUUAAAGGUGCCGGCGGGACCCGGGUGGGGAACGGGUUGUCUUUGCAUGGGCGGGGGACUCCCCGAGCCUGCCGAGACCAUGACCUGAACUGUGCGAACGGGACGCGUUGGAUCCCAAGAGCCAACUCACCUGAGCCACCCCCUCCCCGGCCAGCAUGGCAUCUGAAGAAGCCUCCCUCAGGGCACUGGAAAGUCUGAUGACAGAAUUUUUCCAUGAUUGUACAACCAAUGAAAGAAAACGUGAGAUAGAAGAGCUUCUUAAUAACUUUGCCCAGCAAGCAGGAGCCUGGAGAUUCUGCUUGUAUUUUCUGUCCAGCACAAGGAACGACUAUGUAAUGAUGUACAGCUUAACGGUUUUUGAGAAUCUGAUCAAUAAAAUGUGGCUUGGGGUCCCAUCUCAGGACAAGAUGGAAAUCCGUAGCUGCUUGCCCAAACUUCUCUUGGCUCACCAUAAAACCUUACCUUACUUUAUACGGAACAAACUCUGCAAAGUUAUUGUUGAUAUUGGUCGCCAAGAUUGGCCCAUGUUCUACCAUGACUUCUUCACUAACAUUUUACAGUUGAUCCAGUCCCCUGUGACAACCCCCCUUGGGCUGAUUAUGUUGAAGACAACUUCGGAAGAGCUAGCUUGUCCUCGUGAGGACCUCAGUGUGGCUCGGAAGGAGGAGUUGCGGAAGUUGCUGCUGGACCAGGUGCAGACAGUACUUGGGCUCUUGACAGGUAUCUUGGAAACUGUAUGGGACAAACACAGUGUUACUGCUGCCACCCCACCACCAUCCCCGACUUCAGGAGAAAGUGGUGAUUUACUGAGUAACCUGUUGCAAAGUCCUAGUUCAGCCAAACUGCUGCCCCCGCCCAUCCCCGUGCUGGAUGUGGAGAGUGAGUAUAUCUGUUCCCUGGCCUUGGAGUGUCUGGCCCACCUCUUCAGUUGGAUUCCUCUGUCUGCCAGCAUCACCCCAUCCCUCCUCACCACUAUCUUCCACUUUGCUCGAUUUGGCUGUGAUACCCGGGCCAAAAAGAUGGCAUCAGUGAAUGGCAGCAGCCAGAACUGUGUUUUGGGUCAGGAGCGUGGCCGACUUGGGGUCUUGGCCAUGUCCUGCAUCAAUGAACUCAUGUCCAAGAACUGUGUGCCUAUGGAAUUUGAGGAGUACUUAUUACGAAUGUUCCAGCAAACCUUCUACCUCCUGCAAAAAAUCACCAAGGAUAACAAUGCCCACACGGUGAAGAGCAGGCUAGAGGAGCUCGAUGAGAGCUACAUUGAGAAGUUUACUGACUUUCUGCGGCUCUUUGUGAGUGUUCAUCUAAGAAGAAUUGAAUCCUACUCCCAGUUCCCUGUGGUGGAGUUCCUGACCCUUCUGUUCAAGUACACAUUUCAUCAGCCUACUCAUGAAGGUUACUUCUCUUGUUUGGAUAUCUGGACACUGUUUUUGGACUAUCUGACAAGUAAAAUUAAAAGUCGUCUGGGAGACAAGGAAGCAGUUCUCAACAGGUACGAAGAUGCCCUGGUCCUCUUGCUCACAGAGGUAUUGAAUCGAAUCCAGUUCAGAUACAACCAGGCCCAACUGGAGGAGUUGGAUGAUGAAACUCUGGAUGAUGAUCAGCAGACGGAGUGGCAGCGGUACUUACGCCAGAGCCUGGAGGUAGUGGCCAAAGUGAUGGAGCUCCUUCCUACACAUGCCUUCUCAACUCUGUUCCCAGUUCUUCAGGACAAUUUAGAAGUUUAUUUGGGAUUACAGCAAUUUGUAGUUACUUCGGGGUCAGGGCACAGGCUGAACAUCACAGCGGAGAAUGACUGCCGGCGCUUGCACUGCUCGCUGCGAGACUUGAGCUCCCUGCUGCAGGCUGUGGGCCGUUUAGCUGAGUACUUCACUGGGGAUGUGUUUGCUACAAGGUUCAAUGAUGCUCUCACAGUCGUGGAGAGAUUGGUCAAAGUUACUCUGUACGGAUCUCAGAUAAAACUGUACAACAUUGAAACAGCUGUGCCAUCAGUGUUGAAGCCUGACCUCAUUGAUGUGCAUGCCCAGUCACUUGCUGCUCUCCAGGCCUACUCCCACUGGUUGGCACAGUAUUGCAGUGAAGCCCAUCGACAGAACACCCAGCAGUUUGUGACACUCAUCUCUACCACCAUGGAUGCGAUCACACCUCUUAUUAGCACCAAGGUUCAAGAAAAGUUGCUGCUGUCUGCGUGCCACCUACUUGUCUCACUAGCCACCACUGUGCGACCUGUCUUUCUUAUCAACAUCCCCGCAGUACAGAAGGUCUUCAACAGCAUCAUUGAUGCCUCUGCCCAGCGCCUAGCCGAUAAGGCACAGGUUUUGGUUUGCCGUGCACUCUCUAACACCUUGCUCCUUCCAUGGCCAAAUCUUCCUGAGAGUGAGCAGCAGUGGCCCUUGCGUUCCAUCAAUCAUGCCAGCCUCAUCUCUGCACUCUCUCGGGACUACCACAGUCUGAAGCCCAGUGCUACUGCCCCCCAGAGAAAGGUGCCAUUGGAUGACACCAAAGUGAUUAUUCACCAGACACUUAGUGUCUUGGAAGACAUUGUAGAGAAUAUCUCUGGCGAAUCUACCAAGUCCCGACAGAUCUGCUACCAGUCACUGCAGGAGUCUGUUCAGGUCUCCCUGGCCCUCUUUCCAGCCUUUAUCCAUCAGUCAGACGUGACCGAUGAGAUGCUGAGCUUCUUCCUCACCUUGUUCCGAGGCCUUAGAGUACAGAUGGGUGUGCCUUUCACUGAGCAGAUCAUCCAGACUUUCCUCAACAUGUUUACCAGAGAACAGUUGGCUGAGAGCAUCCUGCAUGAAGGCAGCACUGGCUGCCGGGUGGUGGAAAAGUUCCUGAAGAUCCUACAGGUGGUAGUGCAGGAGCCUGGCCAGGUGUUCAAGCCCUUUCUCCCCAGCAUUAUUGCACUGUGCAUGGAGCAGGUGUACCCCAUCAUUGCUGAGCGCCCGUCACCUGACGUGAAGGCUGAGCUGUUUGAGCUCCUCUUUCGGACACUCCAUCACAACUGGCGGUACUUCUUCAAGUCAACUGUCCUGGCUAGUGUGCAGAGGGGCAUUGCUGAGGAGCAGAUGGACAAUGAACCCCAGUUCAGUGCCAUCAUGCAGGCUUUUGGACAGUCCUUUCUUCAGCCCGACAUCCACCUGUUCAAACAAAAUCUCUUCUACUUGGAGACUCUGAACACCAAGCAGAAACUAUACCACAAAAAGAUCUUCCGGACCACCAUGCUGUUCCAGUUUGUGAAUGUACUGCUCCAGGUCCUGGUUCACAAGUCUCAUGACCUUCUACAAGAGGAGAUUGGCAUUGCCAUUUACAACAUGGCUUCUGUCGACUUUGACGGCUUCUUUGCAGCCUUUCUCCCAGAGUUCCUGACCAGCUGUGACGGUGUGGAUGCCAACCAGAAAAAUGUGUUGGGACGGAACUUCAAGAUGGAUCGGGACCUGCCCUCGUUCACCCAGAAUGUACACAGACUGGUAAAUGACCUCCGUUACUACCGACUCUGCAACGACAGCCUGCCCCCUGGCACUGUGAAGCUCUAGGAACACCUGCUUGCCUUCCUGGCUGCUCACUGCCCCAGGGACGUGCCUGCUGCCACCGCCACCUACACCACCUGCACCUGUGCCACAGACGUCUGUGACAAGCCUUGGUCACUCUAUGGAUGAUCAUGCCCUGAGCAAGUGGCCUGCCUUUGCCCUCUUCUGCUGCCACCAACACAGCAGGCUUUGGGGUCCAUUUGGCACUGGUAGAGUUUCCAGGCAUUUGGAGCAGGCAGAGGGUCUUAUGGCCGGAUGCCCAGGAGGCACCCAGAGAUCGUGCAGCGUGGUCCAUACAGAUCAUGUGUAUAUCAAUCCUGAGUCAGAAUCGCCAAGGACCGCUUACGACAGUGCCACCUUCUCACCAUUCCACCUCCCCACCCCUCCUGGCCCAGCCAGCCCAGGAGAAACUUGACAUCAGAACUAUUUAUGUCAAGCCUCCUGCCCUCCGAUUGCCUUGAAGUCUCUGCUCUUUGUCAGAGAUUCGCGAAGACUCGCGGUUUUUUGUUCAUUUUCUCAUCAUUCCAUUGUGAUACUAAGAAGCUUAAUGGAUAAAUAAAAUGCUUAAGUUGUUGUUAUAUAAACACUAGUUACGGGGCAUCUUUCCACCUGAGCCUCAAGGCCAGGGUCCAGUUGCCAGAAGUGUGUUUUGCUACCUGAUCCUGGCCAGAAGUAAAAAGAGAUUUACUUCUAAGUGAGUAUAAGGUCUGAAUUUCUGAGAAAUUGGGGCACUGGUGGUUUUAUAAACUGCUAUUUUAUUAAUUACUUUUUACACACUAAGGUAGUAUGAUUGUUCCUCAUCAACAUUCUACAAAACGUGCUUG